AUGGAGAGAUAUACUUUGCAGCAUGAGCUUGGAGAAGGUGCAUAUGGAAAGGUAUACCUAGCUAUAGACAAGGAAACAAACGAAAAAGUUGCUUUGAAGAAAGUUAAACUCUCUAAAAUGACCGAUGAAGAAAAAGAAAAAGCUCUUGCUGAAGUAGAUCUUCUUUCUAAACUGAAACAUCCAAAUAUUGUUGCAUACAAGGGAUCCUGGACAACUGGAAAUCAUUUAUACAUCGCUAUGGAAUACGUAGACGGAGGAGAUUUAAAUGAUAAACUUUUAAGGCAGAACGGACAGCUCUUACCAGUCCAAACUGUUCUUGAUAUCUUUGUACAAAUUACUAUGGCAUUGCAAUACAUUCACGGUCAACUCGUCCUUCAUCGCGAUCUUAAGCCGCAAAAUAUUUUCCUUACAAAGAACGAUGUCGUCAAACUUGGUGAUUUCGGUGUAGCUAAGUCCCUCGCUAACUCAUUUGAGCUUGCUCACACUAUGAUUGGUACUCCUUACUAUUUAGCUCCAGAACUCUGGCGCGGAGACCCUUACAACGAAAAAGCAGAUAUAUAUUCACUCGGUGUUCUCUUGUAUGAAAUGUGUACCCUUAGAAAACCUUUCGAAGGCAAUAAUACAGCACAAUUGUUUAAUAACCUCAUGAAAGGCCAUUACAAGCCUAUUCCUUCAUCAUACCCUCAAGAAAUCCGUCGUUUAGUUGAUGGUAUGCUCUCUAAAAACCCAAUGGAGCGUCCAUCAACAGCUCAAAUCCUCAAACUUCCUUUCGUCAAAUCCGCUAUGGGCGAUUUAGCUACACAACGCGAAACAAUCAUUACUACAAAGCAGAAACGCUUCCUUCCAGCUAAUUUCUGCCAAUUAACCAAGAAACCUGAACCAAAGAAGCCAGAAUACGAAGAUGACUUCAUAGAUGAGUCAGAACUCUCACCUACUAAGCCAUGCCACGCUAAUUUCGAUAAUGAGUUCGAAGAUGAUUUUAUUGAUGAAGAUGACCACAACGAAAUUGCAGAAGCGGCCAACGCUAUCAGACAAGCACUGGAAUCACCUGAGGAGUGCGAUACAUGGAAAUUCUUGGACGGAUCAAGAGAAAAAUUCGAUGAAAAUCCAGCAAACCAAUCAUUGACUUACUGCAUCGAGGAACUUCGCCAGAAAAUUGAGAACGACUUAGGAUUCGAACUCUUCCGCAAGGUUUACGACGAAAUUAGUCAGGAAAAGGAGGGAGACGCCGUUGCAGAGGCUGAAGAGACGGAUCACAUGGCUGUAAUGUUGGUUAGAAGACUUAUUGAACUCGAACAAGUUGUUAACUGA